GGGUCAUGGGCCUCUGAGGCCCAUGAAGAAGAAAGGGGGAAAGGUGUAACAGUGACUCAAAAUGGCGAUGGAGGCGGAGCUGAGAUGCUGAAGCUACAAGUAAGCGGGAAGGCGAUCUUGUCCACUGUUCGCUGUCGGAGACAGGCAAGAGUAAGCGGGAAGGCGAUCUUGUCCACUGUUCGUUGUCGGAGACAGAUGUCGACUUCUUCUUCCUUCGUCUUUGGGCCUUACAAGAUCGAUCCGCGUGAAGUGUUCUACGCAACUCCUCUCUCUUACGCCAUGGUUAAUCUCCGUCCCCUUCUUCCUGGUCAUGUUCUUGUCUGCCCGAGACGCCUUGUGCCGCGCUUUACUGAUCUCACAGCUGAUGAGACCAGCGAUCUCUGGCUUACUGCUCAGAAGGUUGGCUCUCGGAUUGAGACCUUCCAUAAAGCAUCUUCUCUCACAUUAGCCAUCCAAGAUGGCCCUCAGGCGGGACAGAGUGUUCCUCAUGUGCACAUUCACGUCUUGCCUCGUAAAGGCGGUGACUUUGAGAAGAAUGAUGAGAUUUACGAUGCAAUUGAUGAGAAGGAGAAGGAACUUAAGCAGAAGCUUGAUCUUGACAAAGACCGUGUUGAUAGGAGCAUCGAGGAGAUGGCUGACGAGGCUUCGCAGUACAGGUCUCUUUUCGAUUGCUAGUUAUAAGCUAAGCUAUCCAGUGGCUUCGAAGCCUUUUUUAAUAAGACCAUUGUGACGAGCGUCCCUCAAGUUGAGGUUAAUUUAGAGACUUCAAUUCAAACAUGUAAUCUCUUUCUUAUGCCACCAAAUCUGGGAAUUAUCUAAAUAUUUAGUUCUGGUUGACACUUAUUGUUAUUAUUAGAAUCAACUAUUUGUUUAUUUGAAGAACCAACAUGUAUUAAA